AUGUCUAAUCUGCUACAACGUCAACAAAUCAGUAAAGCUAGUGACAUUUGCAUCUUUAUGUCUGGUCUGCUACACAACAAAUCAGUAAAGGCAGAAGCUAUCGAGCUGCAGGAAGUUUCUGAAGAAAAUUUGUUCCUUGAGAGUGAAGUUAGGCAUUUAAACAUUGUCAAUAAGUGGGCUUUGAAAAGAAUUAAAGAGCAAAAUAUUGUUAUCAAAGCAUUGGCAAGUCACCGUAGAAUGUGUUUAAUUUCACCCUAUGUUCGACGAAGAUGGAGAAGAUUAAAAAGAAGCACAAGUAAUACAACACGAAAUUUGAAAAAAGAUCCCAAAUUGUUUGGUCCGAAAAGAAAAUUAUGCAGUACUGAUGAAUUUUUAAUGAUGUUAAUAAAACUACGUGUAGGACUCUUUAACAAGGAUUUGGCUGACAGAUUUGAAAUUUCAGUGGGUUCCGUUACUUCUAUUGUUUCAACAUGGAUUAAGGCAUCUUCCGCUGUUCUCUCCUUGCUUAUUUUUUUACCACAACAGAGAAGCGUUGUUAAUACAAGACCACCAAGAUUUCAAUCUAUGCCAGAUUUAUUCGCUAUUUUAGAUGGGACUGAAUUUUUCAUUCAGACUCCAAAAAAUCCAGCCUUGCAAAAACUGACUUGGAGUGAUUACAAACAUCAUAAUACUUUGAAAGUUCUGGUUUGUAUUGCUCCUAAUUCAACGAUUACAUUCAUCUCUAAAGCAUACGGUGGCUCCAUAUCUGGCAAAGAAUUAACUAUCCGGAGUGAAUUUUUAGAUUACUUUUAG